UCUCGCUGCAUCAGCAAUAUCAGAGGAAAUAGCUACUUUUUUCUUACUCGAAAUUAAAUCACCAUGAACUUCAACAAGAUCUUCGUUUUCGUCGCCCUAAUCUUGGCCAUCAGCUUGGGACAAUCGGAAGCUGGCUGGCUGAAGAAAAUUGGCAAGAAACUUGAGCGCGUUGGCCAACACACCCGAGAUGCCACAAUCCAAGGUCUGGGAAUCGCUCAACAGGCCGCCAAUGUAGCAGCGACUGCCCGAGGUUAACUACGAUGAUACACUACACUGCUAUUUAAAUUUAAAAUUCCUAUUUAUUCUAUGGUCCUAAGUAAAUAAAACAAGAGUUAAAUAAA